UUGCUGAGUCAAUCAAACCCAACAUCACUCCAAGAUAUAGCCUCCUAUAGUACUAUAAUAACACCUUCUUCCUCCUCUCAAUUCAUCAUUCUUAAAAAGACACAAAAAUAGAAGAGAAGCAAAGCUCAAAAAACACCAAGAAAAAUGGAUUCCAACAAGGACAAGAAGAAAAGCGUAACGCAAUCAAUGCUGCUCUGCUGCAAGCUGUACAUAUCGGAAUCACGCAACAGAGAAGCUCUGGAACCCAUCGAGCGUGCUGCCAAACUUGAUCCAGAAACAGUCAUUAUUAACAAAUUUCAGGAUCGCGAUUACAAUCGUGUGAACUACACGCUUGUAUCAUAUGUUAUGCAUGACGCUACAGGCUGCCCCAUUUACAGCCCCUUGCAUCAAACUGUGGUUGCCAUGGUUGCUGCUGCUUAUGAGGCCAUAAACCUCGAGCAGCACUCCGGUGCUCAUCCUCGCCUUGGUGUCGUGGAUGACAUUCUCAUUCAUCCACUUGCCCGAGCUUCCCUUGAUGAAGCUGCGUGGCUUGCUAAAAAGGUUGCAGCUGAUAUUGGAAACCGGUUUCAAGUACCUGUUUAUCUAUAUGCUGCUGCUCACCCGAUGGAGAAAGCACUGGACACCAUAAGGAGGGAGCUAGGCUAUUACCGGCCUAACUUCAGGGGCAUCCAGUGGGCAGGGUGGGCUCAACCGGAGCAGGUCCCAGUCAAACCUGAUGAAGGUCCAGACGUGGUGUCUCGAGCUAGAGGUGUCGUGAUGAUUGGAGCUCAUCAAUGGGUAGCCAUGUACAACAUCCCAAUUAUGUCCACGGAUCUCUCAGCUGCUAGACGGAUUGCUCAGAGAGUGAGUGCUCGUGGUGGAGGUUUGCCCACCGUGCAAACUCUAGGUUUGUUUCAUGGUGAGGACUCAACCGAGAUAGCUUGCAUUCUGCUGGAACCGAACCAAAUUGGAGCUGAUCGCGUCCAGAACCAUGUUGAGACACUGGCAUCUCGAGAAGGAAUGGAUGUAGAGAAAGGGUAUUUUACUGAUUUGUCUCCUGAGAUGAUCAUUGAAAGAUAUAUGAAACUAAUUUCCAAUUCGGACUGAUUCAUCUGUAUUAAGCUGAUCAUAAACAUACUCACUCUUGCUUUAAGCUUCUGUCAAUAAGGGAAAUCAGAAACCCAUUUUUCCUUUCAUUCUAGAUGCUAUCUGAAUGGAUCUGAAAGUGAACUUUGGCAUAUCAUAUUUUGUGAGUGUAAUAAAACACUCAAAACAGAAUAGUCACUUUCUAAUGGUUAAUUUCAUAUUUCUAA